CUGAAGAGGCUACACCCGGGUGGAGUCUUACAUCACAAGAGCCUUCCAAAAUGAGAAGCCAAGAAGACUUGGCCAAAGUUUCCUCUUAAGUUUCGUGGAGAGAGACUCAGGUAUAGAAAUAUCUUUCCUGCCGCCUGACCCGAAGCAGGAGAAACUGCUGACAGCUUGGAGACCAGCCCUGCCAUGUGCACCAGUAGCGCCUGCGACCUGGAGGAGAUCCCCCUGGAUGAUGAUGACCCAGACAGCAUGGAAUUCAAAAUCCUGGAGUUCUAUGUCAAACACCACGUCUUCAAGAACACCUCUGCUGUCUUCUCACGAAAGCUCCCGAGAACAAGAAGUUUGUCCCAGAAAGGACCAGAGAGUUGGCAGGCAAAGAAAGCAUGGACACAGGGACCGUGGACUUGCAGAAAUUCCCAAUCCACGGAGAAGGCCAUAAACGUUGGCAAGAAAAAGUCGUCUUGGAGAACACUCUUUGGAGUAGCAGAGAAGGAGGAGGACUCUCAGAGCUCACCUCUGGAUAUCCGUUUUGAGCUGCAAAGUCCGGUGGGACCUCAGAGUGGUCCUCACGGUCGGCAGUGGCCGAGGUCCCUCUCCAAUGUGGAACAGCGCUUAGAGCGUGAAGCCGUGGACCCCAAGGUUGUUUCCAUUGCCAACCGAGUCGCUGAAAUCGUUUAUUCCUGGCCGCCACCAGAAGCGCUCCACAGCCAGGGAGGAAGCGUCAAGUCCAGAACGAUUGUGACACACCAGGGUCUCCAGCACCAGGGCUUCCAGCCUACAGCUGCAGACGGAAAAGACCAGAUAAUAGCCAGAAUCGUGGAGCUGCUGAAAUAUUCGGGGGAUCAGUUGGAAAGAGAGUUGAAGAGAGACAAGGCUUUGAUGAACAGCUUCCAGGGCGGGCUGUCCUACUCUGUUUUCAAGACCAUCACAGACCAGUUCCUAAGGGGUGUGGACACCAGGGGAGAAUCAGAGGUCAAAGCUCAGGGCUUUAAGGCUGCUCUUGCAAUAGACGUCACGGCCAAGCUCACAAGCAUCGACAGCCAUCCCAUGAACAGGGUGCUGGGCUUUGGAACCAAGUACCUGAAGGAGAACUUCUCGCCCUGGGUCCAGCAGCACGGUGGCUGGGAAAAAGUACUUGGGAUAUCACAUGAAGAAGUAGACUGAAACAUCAGAGGAUUUGUAAUCUGGAAUACUCAUGGUCCAACUCUGGUCUUGCGUACAUCCGUCUUAGCACAGACUAUGGGAGAAAACAAAAAUGGACAAGGCAGAUGGACCAUCAAAAUCUGCAAAACCAUUAUUCCUGCAAAUCAAGAGGCAUCAGGAGAGGCCUUGAAAUCUCCGGCUCAUAGAAUCUAGUAGCAUGGCCCUCGGCAUCCAUGUUUUCAGGUCUCCAUUGAGUGUGUAAGGAAGUCUCGAAAGGCAAGUGGUAAUUUUCCAUUCAAAUGCUUAGAACAGAAGCCAUCACCCUGCCUCUGCCGGCCACUUUAGUGAAAGUGUGUGACAGAUGUUUGUUGACCUCAUGAAGGUGAAAUGAUAAACGGUGCAUUUGCUUACUCUUUGGUUUCCAGUACUACUUAUUUUUCAAACUUCACUGGAGAUGGCCCGAUAAUGACAUUGUUUCAAGCCUACCUUUAGGCCCAUGUGGCUGUUCGUGUUGGUAGACAGAGCUCAGAGACUCCUGAGUUUACUGCUGUAGCCUGGGGAGAGACUGCCGUAUCUGCUUUUAUUCCCGCCCCCCCGGUACGUGGGCUUCUCACUGUUGUGGCCUCUCCCGGCUCUGGACGCGCAGGCUCAGCGGCCAUGGCUCACGGGCCCAGCUGCUCCGAGGCAUGUGGGAUCCUCCCAGACCGGGGCACGAACCCGUGUCCCCUGCAUCGGCAGGUGGACUCUCAACCACUGUGCCACCAGGGAAGCCCCGUAUCUGCUUUUUGACUCACUUCUCUUGGAGAAUUCUUUGGCAGUUUGAAAAACUUCCAUUUGGCAGAAAACGACUAUUCCUAUCACCCUCAACUAUCUCAGUGACCCCACCUCUACUUCUCGAGGUUUCUAGGCCUUUGUUAUUUUUUGCGGUAAUGAUUAGCGGUUGGUAAAAUAAAUAUGCGGAAAGAUAACUGUCAAAAGGGUAUGUUUAUGGUUAAAAUAAACAGUAAGUAAGAGAAUACGAUUUCUGUGAGGAUCAUAUAAGUUAAUUUAUAUCAAGCGCUUAGAACAGUGCUUGGUAUUUAGUGCUGUAUUCACUUAUGUCCACUAUUAUGUGCUGCCCUCAGCUAAGCUGAAAACUUCCUUUGCUUUCAAAGCAGUCACUGAUAGUUUUUCUGAAAUUGAUACUGUUCAGAAUGAGGCUUUUUAGUAAGUGAAGUAUGUUCCAUAGUGGGUGUUUAAGACACAAAACAAUUUUUAAAAAUACUGUCAAAUUAGAGUCUUACAAAUUUCUGGCUCCCUAGCGCCCAGCACGUAGUCUGAUGUAAAGUAGGAGUUUAACAGACCUUUGAUGAACAAAUAAAUGAAUGAGUUUAUCAGACAUAUUUUCAGCUUCAAGGGAAGAUUGGCGCUAUCUAUGAUCACAUGCUUCACUACUCUACUCUGGACUAAAAUGAGUUAUUCUCUUGUACCUUCUUCCCCCUACAGUGAAACUCACAAAUUUUAGGGCUAAAGGAGUUUCCUUUUACAGAUGGAGACACUAGAGACCACCUCCUCUCCAUUCCAAGCUAUUUGCAGUUCCCCAAAUGUAUUAUGUAACCUUGUA